AUGCCUGUCGCGGCUCUCAAGACGGUCGCAAAGUCUCAAAAUGGCGUUGGGGCCUUUGUCCUGCCUUGCAAAUCCUUGACCUUCCACUACUGCAACUGGUGGGGGUCCUCGCGCGGCAUGAAUGCCUUCAUCAAGUCGUCCCUUCCAGCUUUUGCCAAGCGCAACCCUCAGAUUGAAAUCUCCGUCAGCCCACGGCCUGCCCACCACCCGGUCAUUAUCGCAAACUACAUCAACGGAGCCCAGCGAUCGAUAUGCGUCAAGAACCUGCAAAAUGAGGGCGUACGGGAAAAGGCCGAGAUGCUGAGGAACAGCACGGGAGAGAAGAACAGGAAACUAGACGGACGACCGGUGAAGAGUUUGAAUGAAAGCGUGAGGGGUAUUUGGAGUCCGUUCCACGGAAGCAAGAUCAAGAUAUAG